AUGAGGCGCCUUUGUGAGCUCCUAGAUGAGGUUUUUGUGCGGACAAAGGAAAAUGCUGAGAAGAAACUCACUUUGACAUAUGAAGAGAUGGAAGCAGAACGGGAAGAGAGGCCAGAGCUACGAAGAGCUCAUGAUGAGAAACUUGAAUCAAAAAAUAGAGGAAAUUUUAUUGAAUUGAUUAAACUUCUUGCAGAAUUUAAUCCUGAAAUUGCUGCCGUUGUCUUGGAAAAUGCUCCUCAAUGUGCCAAGUACACGUCACCUGAUAUUCAAAAGGAAAUUUUAAGUAUUUUUGCAUUGAAAAUCAGGAAGCAUAUUCGUGAAGAAAUUGGUGAUCAAAAGUUCUCUAUUAUUGUAGAUGAGACAUGUGACAUUUCAAAGCGAGAACAAAUGGCAAUUGUUUUGAGAUUUGUUGAUAUUGAUGGUGUUUUACAAGAAAGAUUCUUUGACUUGGUACAUGUGAGGAACACAAAAGCUCUAACGCUGAAAGCGGAGAUAUGCUAUGUAUUGUCUACCUAUGGUUUUGAUGUGCAGAACCUUCGAGGUCAAGGUUAUGAUGGUGCUAGUAAUAUGAGGGGGGAGUUGAAUGGACUGCAAGCACUUGUUCUUAAAGAAUGCCCUUAUGCUUAUUAUGUCCAUUGCUAUGCACAUCGUUUACAACUUGCUUUGGUUGCUGCAGCAAAGGAUGUUGUUCCUGUUACUCAGUUUUUUCAGAAGUUACUCUUUAUUGUGAACACAGUUGACUCGUCAGCAAAGCGGCAUGAUGAGCUUCAUGAUGCCCAAGUGGUUGAACUUGCACGGUUGUUGGCUGUUGAUGAGCUUGAGACAGGUCAAGGGGCAAAUCAAAUCCGCUCACUAAAACGUCCAGGAGACACUAGGUGGGGUUCACACUUAGGUUCAAUUUCGAGCCUUAUGGACAUGUUUAAUCCAGUAAGUACAGUUUUGCAAAAUUUAGCUGCUGACUCAACAGCUGGUACAAAUCGUGCUGAUGGGGAUACUUCUUUCAACUACAUGAUAUCUUUUGAGUUUGUAUUUAUUCUAUGUCUCAUGAGAGAAAUAUUGGAGAUCACCGAACAACUUGGUCAAGCUCUCCAAAAGAAAUCACAGGACAUAGUAAAUGCUAUCCGUCUUGUGCAAACAACAAAAAUUCUUCUUGAGAAAAUGAGAUCAGAUGAUGGUUGGGAAACUUUUAUUUGCAAGGUUAUGGAGUUCUGUGUGGACCAUGAUAUUGAUAUCCCGAACAUGGAUGAAACAUACAUUUUACGUGGUGGCCGUGCUCGUCGUCAACCUAAUCAUUUUACCACAGAUCAUUUCUUUAGAGUGGAGGUAUUUCGGGCAACACUUGAUACUCAGUUGGCUGAACUAAAUCUGAAGUUUAAUGAGAAGGUGAUUGGUCUUUUAUCCAUUUGUGUCACAUUGGUUCCAAAAAAUGGUUUUGCAUCUUUCCAAUCUAGUGAGAUUUGUAAGAUGGUUGAGAAGUACUAUCCAGCUGAUUUUAACCAACAAGAAAUAAUUGGAUUGGAGUACCAAUUAAACCAUUUUGUUGUGGAGGCUUCUAGAAGUGAUGACCUCAAAAGAAUUGCAACUUUAGCCGAGCUUUGCAAAUGUCUUGUUAACACAGGACGUCAUAGAGUCUUCAACUUGGUUGAUCGGUUACUUCGGUUGCUUGUCACUCUUCCGGUUUCAACUGCUACUGCUGAGCGUGCUUUUUCUACCUUGAAGAUCAUUAAAACAAGGCUACGCAACAGAAUGGAAGAUGACUUUCUCGCUAAUAGCAUGCUAGUGAAUAUAGAAGCUGAAAUUCUUGGGGACUACAAUUAUGAAGACAUAAUUCAUGAUUUUAUUGAUGUGAAGAAACGAAAAGUACACUUUUGA